AUGGGCAGCGGCGCGUCGCGGCUGCUCACCGCGUGCGCGUGCUCGCGGCCGGCGCCGGCGCCCGCGGACGACGGGCCGUGCCUGGACGACGCGCUCGGCCACUCCUUCUGCUACGCCGCCAGCUCCGCCACCGCCGCGGGCCACUCGUCCUCCUUCCGCCACGCGAUCUCCGGCGCCGCGCUCUCCGCCAACUCCUCCGUGCCCGUGCCGAUCUACCACUCCUCCGUCGCCGGCGGCAUGCCGCCGCCGCAGUACUCCUCCGCGUUCCACACUUCCUCGUCCUUCUCCUCCGCGCCGCUGCAGCUCUCCAACCUCUCCUCGGGUCCGCUCUUCCUCUCCGGGCCCAUCGACCGCGGCGCCCAGCUCUCCGGCCCGCUCGACCAGGCCGUGCCCCUCUCCGGCCCGCUCCCCGCCAAGCCCACCAAGCCCGCUCCCUCGUCGUCGUCCCGAGGGUUCUCGAGGAGGUUCCGGAAACCCUCGUUCGGCAGCCUGCGGCGGAGCGUCUCGGAGAAGAACCGCCCAUGCGUCGUGCCGCUCCGCCGGGAGGACGGCGUGCAGUGGGCGCACGGCCGCGCCGGGGAGGACAGGGUUCACGUGGUUGUCUCCGAGGACCAGCGUUGGCUUUUCGUCGGCAUCUAUGACGGCUUCAACGGUCCCGAGGCCCCGGACUUCCUGGUCGCUAAUCUCUACCGCUUCCUGCUGCGCGAGCUCCGUGGGAUCUUCUACGAAGAGGCCGACCCGGACUCCAAGCGACUCUGGCAAUUCCUGGUGGAUGGCGACGACGAGGACAGCGAACUCGACUUCUCGGGCUCCGGCCGGUUCGCGCUAUCGCUUCUCAAGGAGCAGCGGCAUCCCUUGUGGGCCCACGCGGCUGCCGCUGGCGAUGGUCAAAGCGGCAGGGAGUGGGGAGUUAAGAGGUUGACGGCCGCACCGGCGGUGACGGACCACAUGGCGGUACUGAGCGCACUGGCCCGAGCGCUAGCUACGACAGAGUCGGCGUACCUGGACAUGACCAGCCAAUCAAUGGGAUCCCACCCAGAGCUGGCAGUGACCGGAGCUUGCCUGCUCGUGGCCCUGCUAAGGGACGACGACGUAUAUGUAAUGAACCUUGGGGAUAGCCGUUCCAUUGUGGCGCAGCGACGAGACGACGACGACUGCUUGAUUGGAAGCAUGCGGGUGGAGGGCAUUGGUGUGGGCUUGGAGACCGAGUCAAGGAUCCCUGGGUAUUCUGCAAUUGGGCUUGAGGCAUUGCAGCUGUCGACUGAUCAUAGCACGAGCAUUGAAGAGGAAGUGCAGAGGAUCAGACGCGAACAUCCGGAUGAUGAUCAGUGUAUUGUUAAUGAUAGAGUAAAGGGUCGUUUAAAAGUUACCCGUGCAUUUGGUGCUGGGUAUCUCAAACAGGCAAAAUUGAAUGAUGGGUUGCUAGAGAUGUUUCAUAAUGAGUAUAUAGGUGAUACACCAUAUAUAUCAUGCGCACCUUCUCUUUGCCAUCAUAAGCUCUCCACCAGGGAUCAAUUUCUUGUUCUUUCGUCUGAUGGCUUAUAUCAGUACCUAAGCAAUGAGGAGGUAGUUCUACAUGUUGAGAAUUUUAUGGAGCGGUUUCCAGAGGGUGAUCCUGCACAGAGUUUAAUUGAAGAGCUACUCUCCCGUGCUGCAAAGAAAGCUGUUUUGGUGGUUACAAAGCUUUUAGAGCAGACUCUACAGGACUACAGCUACAGUGACAGCCUGAGAUCAAUUAGAGAUUCUUCAAGAAGUCUCUUCCGUGAGCAAUAUGCCAGUACUAACCUGGAGUUUGCCUUUUCAGGCAUGGACUUUUAUGAGCUAUUAGAUAUACCUCAAGGGGAUCGCAGAAAAUACCAUGAUGAUGUCACCAUUAUGGUCAUUUCUCUCGAAGGGAGAAUAUGGAAAUCCUCUGGAACAUAUGUGUGA